AUGAAAUUAGAAACGCUAACGAUGUUCGAUGAGAUAAACGUGUUCGACGAUAGCAUAGAUGAAAUGGAUAUUAUUAGGAACACGAUUAAUAUCCAAAAGCCAGAAGAAGCCUUCUACAUCGCGGAUAUCGGUGGCGUUAUUAAGAAGCAUUUUGAUUGGAUCAACAAAAUGCCGAGAGUCAUUCCGCAUUACGCAAUCAAGUGCAAUUCGGAUCCGACUGUGAUCAAAAUUCUGGCGGCCAUGAACGCUUCCUUCGAUUGCGCGUCUAUGCAAGAAAUAAAACAAGUGAUGCACUAUGGUGUGAAAGGCGAGUGUAUCAUCUUUGCGCAUCCGACCAAAUUACCGUCUCACAUCAAAUACUCGAAGAAAGUGGGCGUCGAACGGAUGACGGUCGACAGCGAAACGGAACUGUCAAAGAUUCAAGAGUUCUUUCCGGAAGCCAAGAUCGUGAUACGCAUACGCUGCGACGCGAAGAACUCGUUGGUGUCGUUUGGCGAGAAAUUCGGCUGCGAACCGCACAAGGAGGCGGUGCGCCUGAUACGGCGCACCAAGGACCUCGGCAUGAAUCUGCACGGCUUCAGUUUCCACGUCGGCACGUUGUGCAAAGAGCUGGACGCUUAUCACCGCGGCAUCAAGAUGUGCGUACGUCUGAUCAACAUCGCCAGGGUGAUUGGCUGCAGUGACGUACAGCUGAUCGACAUCGGCGGCGGAUUUUCGGCCGAAUGCGAAGUCGAGAUCGACAGGGUCGCGAAAAUUAUCAAUAAGGCGAUUGAAAACCUCGACCCCGCUAUAAGAGUCAUCAGCGAGCCCGGACGGUACUAUGUGGGCGCGAACUUCACGUUGGCCUCGUAUCUGCACUCCAAGCGGACCGUUUGCGAAAACGACGAAAAGAAGAUGAUGUAUUACAUGAACUGCGGCGUGUACAAUUCAUUCUUUGAUGAAUUGUUAGGUCUGCAGUCUCGAACGCCUCGGUUAAUCUUCGAGCCGAUGAAGAACGAGAAAUUCUCCUCGAUCUUAUGGGGUCCGACUGCAGAUUCGUACGAUUUGAUUGCCAAGGACGUGCAGUUGCCCGAGCUUUACGUGGGUGACUGGCUAGUUUGGAAAAAUAUGGGCGCUUACACGUUAUCUAUUUCCAAUACGUUCAAUGGCUUCCCGAUCCCAGCCGUAAUACCGUUCGUCAGGAAGAGCCAAUGGGAAAAUUUCCUACAGUACAUCGAUUCGAAGUAA